ACUUUAGCAACCUCUCCAGCGAAAGGACAAGGCGUCUCACGGGAGCAGGUGGAGCCUAGCGAAGACGCAGUGUGGGACGGGUAGUUCCGAGUCGGCGGCGCCGCUGCGGUGCGUUUUGGUUCGCGUAGUUCCGGUGAGGCCACAGUAGGCGGUGUCGGCCGGCGGUGAGAGGCCGCGGUUGGACUUGUGGGAGCUGUAGUUUGGUGAGGGUUUCCCCGCGCCCGUUCCACCCGUCCCCGCCAUGCCGGGCUUCACCUGCUGCGUGCCCGGCUGCUACAACAAUUCGCACCGCGACAAGGCGCUGCACUUCUACACCUUCCCCAAGGACAAGGAGCUGCGACGCCUCUGGCUGAAGAACGUCUCCCGGGCGGGUGUCAGCGGGUGUUUCAGCACCUUCCAGCCCACCACAGGCCACCGCGUCUGCAGCGAGCACUUCCAGGGCGGCCGCAAGUCCUACCUGGUUCGGGUCCCCACCAUCUUCCCGCUGCGCGGCGUCAACGAGCGCAAGACGCAGCGGGCUUCCCGCCGCCUUUGCCCUGCCACCGCCGCGCAGGGUCCUGCUGCCGCCGCGGUCCAGGUAGGGGGCGCGGCCGAUGACGUGAAGCCUAUCGACCUGACGGUGCAGGUGGAACUCGGGCCAGGGGCCACCACGGGUCCCAGCCCUGGGAGGUUGCUGCCGCUGGCGGCGACGGGGGAGGAGGACACGUUCGAGGGCGGCCCCCCGGACCACUCGUAUUCGCUAUCGUCGGGCACCACGUCGGAGGAGUUGCUGAGAAAGCUGAACGAGCAGCGCGACAUCAUCGCGCUGCUGGAGGUGAAGAUGAAGGAGAUGAAGGGCAGCAUCCGCCGCCUGCGCCUGGCUGAGGCCCAGCUCCGCGAGGAGAUCCGCGAGAAGGACCGGCUGCUCCAUGCCGCCAGCGCCGGGACCUGCAAGCGCCACAGCCUCUGAGGCUGCUGGCGCCCGGCGCGGGGCUCUG